AUGGAUCCAAACCCGCCAGCCCAGCAGUCGCCGCUUGAUGUUAUUCAGCUCAAUCUAGAUGCUGUAACCCGUCGUCUUGUGCGCCCGACUUUUCUGUCGAAUCUCACGCCCUCGCGACUGCCCUCGUCGGCCGUAAGCGACUCGUCUUCUCUCAGCCCCACACGCGACGAAGCACGGUUGCACUCUGGUCCGCUCUCCCAUCAUCGGCACUCCCAUCUUAGCCUCGCAGUCACAGUGGAAGAUGUGCUCGAGCACGUUGACUUGGUCUCGCCGCUGAUUCAGGAGCCCUGCGCCGACGGCAGCCCGAGCAGCGUCGAAAGGCGCGUCGUAGAGCACCUCGAGUCGCACUUUGUUGGAGCGCGUCGCGCGUAUGAGAAGAAGAUGGCCGCAGAGCGCUCUUUUCAGACCUUCUCCCACGGCCACCAGGAUCUCGUGCUUGCCGUCGACUUCAACUACUUCGGAACCCGCAUGGUCACGGCGAGCUCAGACCAUCGCCUCAAGGUCUGGGACAAGAAAGACGAUGCUUGGACGCUGGUCGAGAGCUGGAAGGCACAUGAUGCUGAGAUAGUCGAUGUCAAGUGGAACGGCCCCUUCAUGGGGGAAGUCGUCGGCAGCAUUGGCGAAGAUGGCCGCUGCAAGCUCUGGCAAGAAGAUGUCACAGAGGUGCCCAUGUCAGGCAACCGAUUCAAGCUGAUCACGAAUCUUGCUUCUCAGACUCACGCUCCGUUCAUGUCACUCGACUUCAAGAACAUUAUGCAGGAGACGUGGCUGGCCUUGAUCACACGCGACGGCUAUCUAACUGUCUAUGAACCUCAAGACCAGAGCAGUCUCAAUGAAUGGACCAUCUUAGCCGAGCGCUGGGUGUCCGAGAACAAUCCCCCCGAGCGCCAAGAAGAGGUGGGAUUUAAGGUUGUGUUUCACAAGGAGAAGCUGCCAUGCUGGACAGCUAUCAUGGCUGGCCUGGAUCGAAAAUCCCUGUCGCUUGCUGUUGCAGCUAUGAAGGACGUCCUUGUAUUUAGGACCGACAAGGCCAAACGCUUCUUCCAAGUAGCCAAGCUAGAGGGUGCUCGCCAGAUCAUCCGCGACUUAGCUUGGGCGAAUGGCUCUAUGCGAGGUCAUGAUAUUCUUGCGACAGCCAGCAAGGACGGCGCCAUCCGCAUCUACGAGCUAUCAACGCCUACCUCGGGAAAGUCUUCAACUAGCGGAACCUUGAUAGCCUCCACGGCCACAGAGCCCACUUCUCCACGUCCUGACCCACGGAAGAAUGCGCCAUCUGGUAUAGGAGCCGGACUGGCGGGAGCAUCGAAGGCGCCAGACACGACACUUGAGAAUGAGCAAUAUCCGGGACGCAUAAGGCAGGUAGCGAAGCUCACGGAUGAGCUCACUAAUCAUCAUGGAGCUGUUUGGCGAGUCACCUUCUCUCAGAUGGGCGACCUGCUUGUUUCGACCGGAGAUGAUGCUUCCAUCCGCACCUGGAAGAAAGCCGUCAACGGCAAAUGGGCGGAGUACGCGGAGAUCGAGACUGCACGCGAGAACUAA